CAGCCUGCUUCCUGGGAAAGCUUACGCGGCCCAGUUUCCCGCAGGCUGCCUGGCCGCCGAGAACGUUCUGAGCCCUUCGGGGAACGCCCUUGACCACGCGACUCUGGCCGAGGACCGCUCUCAGGACCGUUGCAGCCGCGGAGCAGCGGUGAGUAGCAUGCGGGACUACGACGAGGUGACCAGCUUCCUGGGCGACUGGGGGCCCUUCCAGCGCCUCAUCUUCUUCCUGCUCAGCGCCAGCAUCAUCCCCAACGGCUUCAAUGGAAUGUCAGUCGUGUUCCUGGCCGCCACCCCGGAGCACCGCUGCCGGGUGCCGGACACGGCGAACCUAAGCCGCGCGUGGCGCAACCACAGUGUCCCGCUGCGGCUGCAGGACGGCCGCGAGGUGCCUCACAGCUGCCGGCGCUACCGGCUCGCGGCGAUCGCCAACUUCUCGGCGCUUGGGCUGGAGCCGGGGCGUGAUGUGGACCUGGAGCAGCUGGAGCAGGAGGGCUGCGUGGAUGGCUGGGAGUUCAGCCAGGACAUCUACCUGUCCACCAUCGUGACCGAGUGGAGUCUAGUGUGUGAGGAUGAUUGGAAGACGCCCCUCACCUCCUCCCUGUUCUUCGUGGGCGUGCUCCUUGGCUCCUUCGUGUCUGGGCAGCUGUCUGACAGGUUUGGCAGGAAGAGCAUCCUCUUCACAACCAUGGCUGUGCAGACUGGCUUCAGCUUCCUGCAGAUUUUCUCCAUCAACUGGGAGAUGUUUACCAUAUUAUUUGUCAUCGUUGGCAUGGGCCAGAUCUCCAACUAUGUGGUGGCCUUCAUUCUAGGAACUGAAAUUCUUGGCAAGUCAGUUCGUAUUCUAUUCUCUACGUUAGGAGUGUGCACAUUUUUUGCAGUAGGCUACAUGCUGCUGCCGCUGUUUGCUUACUUCAUCCGAGACUGGCGGAUGCUGCUGCUGGCGCUGACGGUGCCCGGGGUGCUGUGCAUCCCGCUGUGGUGGUUUAUUCCCGAAUCGCCCCGGUGGUUGAUAUCCCAGAGAAGAUUUAGAGAGGCUGAAAGUAUCAUCCAAAAAGCUGCAAAAAUGAACAACAUAGCUGCCCCGACGGUGAUUUUUGAUCCAAUGGAGCUACAGGAACUAAAACUCCCAAGUCAGCAGAAAGUUUUCAUUCUGGAUCUGUUCAGGACACGAAAUAUUGCCACAAUAACCAUCAUGUCCUUGCUGCUCUGGAUGCUAACCUCAGUGGGUUACUUUGCUCUGUCUCUCAACGCUCCUAAUUUACACGGAGAUGCCUAUCUGAACUGUUUCCUUUCUGCCUUGAUCGAAGUUCCGGCUUACAUUGUAGCCUGGUUGCUGCUUCGAACCUUGCCUCGGCGUUACAUCAUAGCCGGAGUACUGUUCUUGGGAGGAGGCGUGCUUCUCUUAAUUCAGCUCGUACCUGCAGAUUACAACUUAUUGUCCAUUGGUCUGGUGAUGUUAGGAAAGUUCGGGAUCACCUCUGCUUUCUCCAUGCUGUAUGUCUUCACUGCAGAGCUUUACCCCACCCUGGUCAGGAACAUGGCUGUGGGGGUCACAUCCAUGGCCUCCAGAGUGGGCAGCAUCAUUGCUCCCUACUUUGUUUACCUCGGUGCUUACGACAGAGUUCUGCCCUACAUCGUCAUGGGUAGCCUGACUGUCUUCAUUGGAAUCAUCACCCUUUUCUUCCCUGAAAGUUUUGGAAUGACUCUACCAGAGACCUUAGAGCAGAUGCAGAAAGUGAAAGGGUUCAGGUUUAGGAAAAAACCAAGAGAUUCAGUAGAGAAGGAAGAAAAUCCCAAAGUUCUAGUAACUUCAUUCUGAUAAGAUCUCCACCCCAUUUGGUGACCUGAAAACCAGCUGCAUCAGACUCUACGAGGAAACCAAAGCCUUUCCUGAGGAACUGGACCAAACCUGAUGAUGAAC